UUUUGCUGACGCCCAUGUCCUCCUACUAUGAGGGUUUCUCCACUUACAGUAUAUUACAUGAGUGUGUACCUACGCGGGAAUUUGACUCAAAUAAAGUACGUGUAAAGUUACAGCACAAAAGGUCAAAAUGAUUUCCCAGAAAACAAAUAGUAGGUAUCUAAUUAAUGAAAGGCGGAUGUGAAUAUUGAUCGAUGAGCAAUUGGUUGCGCAAAGCCAUUUUGGACGCACUGACGCUGCGUUGUGACGUAAUGAAGUCUAUACGAAUAGUAUAGUCCUGGGAGAGUGGUUGUUAGCACUGUCGACGACCGCUUCCCAUCACGAGUUGUGCAGCGACGCCAGCAAUGGUCCGCGUGGUGUUGGCACCGCACCCGCUGCUGCUGGCCACGGUGGUGGUCGCCGUCUACGCGGCUAUUCCACACGCCGUUAUGGCGAUAGACCUCAGUAGGCUGUAUGGACAUUUGAAUUUUAAACGAAAUGGAGAUGCGUGCCAUCCUUAUGAACCCUUUAAGUGUCCUGGUGAUGGUAAUUGCAUAUCAAUUCAGUAUUUAUGUGAUGGGGCGCCCGACUGCCCCGACGGGUACGACGAAGACUCUCGUCUGUGCACAGCUGCGAAACGACCACCCGUAGAGGAAACUGGAAGUUUUUUGAAAUCUUUACUUGCCAGUCAUGGACCAAAUUAUCUCGAAAAAUUGUUUGGUAGUAAAGCGCGGGACGCUUUAAAGCCACUUGGUGGAGUAGAUAAAGUAGCAAUUGCAUUAUCAGAAUCUCAAACAAUAGAAGAUUUUGGAGCCGCGCUUCAUUUAAUGCGAUCAGAUUUAGAACAUUUAAGAUCAGUUUUUAUGGCAGUGGAGAAUGGAGACUUGGGGAUGCUCAAGUCUUUGGGGAUAAAAGAUUCAGAACUGGGGGAUGUAAAAUUUUUUCUGGAAAAAUUAGUUAACACCGGUUUCUUGGACUGAAGUAUAUCGGACCCUGCUGCUGUAUUUUUCGCUCAUCCCCAACCACAUGCACCUCUAAUUAAGGGAUUUUAUUCUUAUCUUCCCUACUAAAUGCCCUUUCAUUACAGCAGCAGAGUUCGUAGAAUCCGUCCCCUUUUCGUCCCUUGGCCAUGUAUGAUCUGCAGCUGUCUCAGCGGAUCAUCAAAACAAAUUAUGGUCAGUAACAAUCAGACUUACAAGAUACAUAUCAACGGCCCCAAUAUUUUUUGGGAUACUACAUAUCAUUAGUUAAUAGUGAUUAUAACAAUUAUUAUACAAGUCAUAUCGGGCGAGACCCUAAGACAACCAAGCAGGUUGUUUUACUUUUUGACAUAAACUUAGAAUUCGAUAUUCCUUAUCUAUCUACGUGUUUUUGAAUAUGUCUCCACAAUAUGCUAAUUUAGCACGUGCAUUAAGUGAUAUUUAAAAAAUUGUUAAUAUUUAUAUAUACAGUGUGAUCAGUUAUUAUCGUACAAGGAUUUGACUCCCAGAACAAUUAAUGCGGCACUGAAUGGUGGGAGAUCAAAGGCAGCCUUUUGUUUCGUGAUAGAUGACAUAUGACACAACGAAUAUGCUAUGCCUCAAGCCCCGCAUAUCUAUUAAUUGUCAGAAUGAUGGAUUAGCAACUAGAGGAUCGGAUUGGUAAGCAACAGUCUAACAGGAAUGAACCAUCUCAAGGCGUUGCGUAUGUAGGGCCUCGCACGCAUUCACAUAUUGCUGCUGCUCCUACUGUGCCGAAUGUGAUUAUUUUCUUGUACAUAUAACAUAUAACUCAACAUUAAUCAUCGAUUGUUGAUUGCUAAACUCGUAGUGCACCGAUAACGACCUGACACUAACAACACGACGAGUAUUUCAAUCGACAAUUGGACAAACGUCAAUCACAUAUACAUGACAGAAAGCAGGACUGAGUCCAAUUGAUAUAAAUAUAUAUACAAAUAUAUUUUUUCGACUAGGUAGUUGUGGAGUUCUUUGUGCCGACAUCAAAUUAUAAAUAUUUUAAUUACCCAAUAUAUGUAAAAAAAAACUUCAUAAAUACCAACUUAAUUUCUUUAAAUAUAAAUAACCACUUAGUAAUUUCGUUAAUGAAUUGAAAUUUUUAA